CGACUGCCGCUACCGCACCUGCGCCCCAAAGCCGAAGUGCUGGGUCCAGAUAUCGUAAUUCUAAUAAUACUGCCGCUAAACUCACGCCGCAGGGGGGCCUCUUCAUGCACCUGGUGCAGCCCUGCCUCGAGCUCGCCCCGUGGAUUUACAGUCUCGUUUUCCUCGCUCGGCUGCCCUUCUUCUUCUCUUUCCCAACUCUCGCACAUGCCAUGGCGUCGUCUCCGCACAGCACCAGCACAACCAGCUCCGACCUCUCAACACCUCGGUCGAUCUCCCCCUCUUCCGCGGCGUCGGCCCGCUCGUCGCACUCGUCUAUAUCUAGCUCCAAGCGCAUGUCCAUCUCGUCCAGCCGCAGAAUCUCGGCAGCCAACCCCAUGUCCUCGGUCGACAUUGCCGCCAUCGAGGAGGCCAUGAGAAUGGCCAACCUCGAUACUCUCCGCGGGUACAACCAGAACCGCUACGCCGAGGUGCACCAGUUUGCUACCACCGAGUACAUCAGCGAGAACAAGGCGCUCGGCUACCAGGUGCUCUCGGAGCCAAUGUGGAAUAAGGGUGAGUGAG